AUGAGCAGCACCGAAACCGACGAGAGUUUGAAAUCAAUCGAUGCUGCUCAGACAGGAUCAACACUUGAGCAGCUAAGGCAGAAAAAUGAACAAUAUAUUCAGCAAAUUUCAACCCUUCAGAAUCAAUUAAAUGAAUCACUUGAAUUCGCGCAAAAAAAUGAAAUUCUAGUUAGACAAAACGCUGAACUUUCAUCCAAAUUACGAAAGUCUGAAGAUAGUGCUGAUGAUGCCCGCAGAAGGUUAGAAAUUACAAUGAAAACUAACGAAGAAUUGCAAAUUCAAAUAGAUGAAUUGAAAAAGCAAAAGGAAAGAGAAUUAGCGCAAAAAGGACAAGAAGAAAUUACCAAAAUUAAGCUGAAUUUUGCAGAACAAAUCCAGAAAUUAACAGAUCAAAUCAGAAUUAACGAAAAUUUACUUAAAAAGUCUAACGAUGACAUUGAGUCAUUCAAAAAAGACAUCGCUGGAGUAAUUUCUGCAGCUCAACAAGUUUAUCAACAAACGUUUAAUUCGAUUGGCGAAGUUACAGAAUUCUUGUUGCAGCAACCUAGUGCUACAACAACACAAAUCUCACAAUAUGAAUCAGAAACCUCAGAAUUAAUAAAUGCUUUUAAAGAUCAAAUUACAAAGAAACAAACAAGACUAAAAGAAGAAAGAGCACUUAGAAAGUCUCUACAAUCGAAGUUUGAGGAAAUUCAAAGACAAUAUGAAAGCGAAAAGCAAAAUUACGAACAAAAAAUUGCAAAAUUAGAAUUAGAAAUUUUGGAUAACGUUAAGAAUACAGAACGUCUUAAGAAUGAACAUGAACAACAAAUUAAAGCUAAAAAUGAUGAAAUUGAACAGUUAAUGCAGAAAAUUGAAAAAAUCAAAACAAAAAUACCAACAGAUGAAGAAAUAAGGGCUCAUUCAGAGGACUCUUAUACAGCAUGUAAACUUAAGCAAGAGAAUGAGGAUUUACAAUCAAAAAUAGACUCAUUAAAGUUACAAUUAGAAGAACAAGAGACAACUUCAAGUUCAAUGCAAAAACAGGCCUUAGCUGUCACUUCACAGCUUAAAUCUGUGGAAAUCAGUUACGAAAGCCUUAAAAAGAAAUAUCAACAAAUUUCAUCUGAAUUACAAGAUAAAACUCAAGAACUAGAUAAACUUAAAGUUGAAAAAUCAACUCUGUCACUUGAGAAAACAUCUGCAGAAGAAAAUGUGAAAGCAAAUUCCAUCAAAUUAAAGAAUUCUCAACUUCAAGCUCAAAAAUUACAAGCAAUGAUUGAUGAAGGAGCAUCAAGAUAUCAAAAACUUGUUUCAGCUAAUGAUGCUCUCCAAAACCAGUUGCAAAACCAACAAAAUGAAAUUAAAGAUUUAAUUUCAAACAGAGACCAUCUUAUUGCUAUCAUUAAACGUGAAAAUAAUACACUCAAAGCUGCAGAGGCAACAAUUUCGGAGCUUACAGCUCUAAACAAAUCUCUGAAAAAGUCAAUCAAAAAUUCUGAAAGUAAACUUGCUCAAGAAAUCGAAAAGAGCCAAAAUGGAGGUGAUAUACAACCAUCUUCAUUCUAUAAUUCGGACUUUUCUAGAGAACUUUGCACAAAAAUCUCGGAAUAUGCUAAUAACUUAACAAUCCCUGCCAAUUCCAAGAUAAAGAGUAUUGUCUCAUUAAUAUCCAAGCAUUAUCAAGACAUAUUGGCCUCUAAAGAGUCAGAAAUCAAAAACAAUUCUGAAAUUAAUGACAAAAACACGAAAACUAUUGAUAAAUUCCUUUCCCAAAUAGGUUCUUUGUUCGAUUCAUCAUCAUUGUCAUGUGAAACCAUUGUCACAGACCCUGUUUCUGCAUACGAAGUUACAACUCGAGCAAAUAAAUUGUUCUCCGACCACUUAGAUGUGACAAACGAAAAAUCCCGUGUUGAAGAAGACCUCUUGGCCAUGCUAACUAAGCUAGAAGUUUCAAAUACAAGCGAAGGAGAAAAAAUGAUCAGUGAAUUGUACAACAAAAUCAAUGAUCUCCACAAAUCUCUUAAUGAAGAAAGGAACAAGAUGAAGCAGACAAAGAAAGUUUUCAAAAAAGUCACUGAUGAAUCCAACGAAAUUGCGAAUAAUUUAAGACAAAACCUUAGUGAUAGGGAUAGAGAAGUCCAAUCGCUCAAAGAAGACAUAUCUAGAUCACUCCUGGACAACAGGAAGCUUACCAAUGAAAUAAACCAGCUCCAAAACGAAAACAAAGAAAUUAAAGAAAGAAUUGAGCUCCAAAAGCAAGAAAAUGAAAAGGAGAAAGACAAAAUCAAACAGAAAUAUGAAUCACAAAUAGAAACCAUUAAUAAACAGAACAAAACUCGUUUAGAAGCUAAAGAUCAAAAUAUGAAUGACCUCAAAACAAAAAUUUAUAAUUUAGAAAAAGAAGGAAGUCAGUUACGAAGAACUGUUCAAAUGAUGAGAGAUUCCAAGAAGGAACAAGACAGAAAUAACCAAUUCCUUAUUGAUCAAUGCGAAAACAACCUGAAAGAAACAAGAAAACAAGCAGAAAGAGAAAAAGAAAUGAUGAAAAUGCAAUAUGAUAAAUAUCUAAGUGAAAUCAAAGAUAAAAACAAUGAACUUGCAAAAGCACAUGAUGAAGUUAUGUGUUCACUCAAGGAAUCAGAAGAACAGUUAGCCAGAUCCAACAAACAACUCGAGGAUUCACUGAAACAAAGUGAAUAUUUGAAACAAAAAUUGGAUGAAAGUCAAGAAGAAAUUGAAAGAAUUAAAAGAGUUAUGGAGAUGAAAGAGAGAUCAAAUAUAUUGGCAACAGAAAUGAAAUUCGAAACAAUGAUAGAAGAACAGAAAUCGAAUUUCUACACUGAAAAAAGAAAUAUUAUUGGUUUUGUUGUUCAUAACUUUAGACAGUAUUUCGAUGCCAAUAGGGAAUUGGAUGAUGAUUGUUUGAGGGAUGUUAUUUCUAGAGCAAAACAUGAUCUUGAUGCUUUAAUUGUUCAGGAAGAAGCUGCAAAAAAAGUUUUGAUGAUUAAUUCUUCGAAGCCUAUCAUUGUUUGA